GCUUACUCUGGUCGGGAAUGGGAUGGAGGUACGGCUGGGCUGACGCAGGCAGAGCCACCUCUGCCUCUUGUCUGGCUUCACUGCAACUUUUCUAGGGCACCUGGAUUUCAUUGAGGAUCCGCCAGAAGAAAAAAGAGCCGCUUGCAUGGACUGGAGAGAGUGGCAGGGCAACUAGAUGCACUAGGAAAACUUCUAGCAUCCUGGGAGAAGGGACAGUUACCUCCUUGCUCCCGCCAGCCUCCCUGCCACUUCCCAGUAAAACAUGGAUCCCCGGUCUCUCGAUGCCGCGGUGCAGAACGCCCUGCUAGCCCUCUACCCGCCAUUUGAAGUCACAGCCCCAACCGUCCUCAGCCAGCUCUUCCGCCUGCUCGACAGCGACUACCACGGCGACGGGCUGUGCUGCCUCCUUGAUUUCCUGAUUCCUGCCAAGCGCCUCUUUGAGCAUGUGCGGCAGGCGGCCUGUGCACCUUACUUUAACUGCAUCUUUCUCCAUGAAGGCUGGCCCUUGUGUCUUCACGAGAAAGUGGUCAUUCACCUUGCCCCACUCAACCCCCUCUUACUACGCCCAGGAGACUUCUACCUCCAAGCAGAGCCCUACGGAGAGCAAUCUGCCUGCAUCACUGUGAAGUGCCUCUCUCGGGACUUGCGCACUGUGGAAGAAAGAACAGUUCCCGAAUCCUCCUACACACUGCUAUUUACUAAUGAGUGGCUGGAGAAAAUCAACGGAGACCUGGACAGAGCACCUCUGCACACCUGCCUGGUAGCCACAGAAAAGGGAAUUGCCCCUGUGCCUUGGAGUAAGAUAGCCACGCCAGAAUUCAUCAGCAAGCCCAAAGCAGCACCAAGUCCCACCCAGGUCAGAGUGUCCCUUCCAGCACAUGCACUGGACCUUGGCAGCUCUGAAGUGAUGGUAGAGGCAGCAUCACAGAGCUGCACAAUGUCUUUUUGCAUGACUGAUGCUCAGGUGCCACCUGGUAACGUCAUGGGUAAUGUCCAAGACUGCAAAGAUGUGUCCUGGAGGUCCAGCCAGGGCAAGUAUCCAGGACUCAUCAAGGUGGACCAAGCAGGAUCACGGAAGAAACCCAGUGUGUUUGUUGUGCCAAGCCUGUGCGAUAUCAUCAGCCAGGACCUGGACGGUGACUAUGUCGACCUGCUGGAGUUUUCUGAAGAAAUGAAGCUGGAUCUUCUGGCCAAGUCAGGACCAUCUGCUGAGCAACCUGGACCUUCUAGAGAAAUAAAGGUGCCAUCAGAGCGUCAAUCACGGCUUCCAAGGGUGAACAAAGGGUCAGCAGCUGAAAAAUGGACCUGUGGGAAAGGGCAGAGCUCAGAGGAGGGUCCCUGCACGCCGUGUCUGAGGAGAAAACUGAACAGAGACCCCAAAUUCCAUGGGCCGAGGUGUCGAUACCGUGAGUCCUACGUGGCCGCCCUUCAGAACCCCGUGAGCUUUGGCUCUGGGCUCAUGGCCGCCAUAUUGGAGGAGUCUGAUGUGCCCAAACCAGAGUUCCCUUCAGCAAGCACAGCUCCAGAGAGUCCAGCUCACCCCAGACAGAGGCCAGGCCAGGCAGCCGCUCCCAGACUCCUCUCUGGCUGCCCUCGGAAGGCAGUGACUCAGGAGACGAAAGCCGAGGAGGUGACAAAACAGGGAUACUUAAAGCUUCUCAAGUCUCCUGCUGGUGCAAGGAGAAAUCUCCCUCGGUCACAGUCUCCCCCUGCCAACCAUAAAUUCUCCUUCUUCAAGGGCCGACAACAACCAGCGUCCCCAGGGGACAGUUUGUCUGGUACCAGCCAACAUGAAGGGCCUUGGAAAAGGAUGUCGGCUAUUUACUCUCCCAAGAUGAGCAGAGCUAAGCCGGCUGGGAAAGGUACCGAUCAGACGGACGCGUCUCUCUUCGACAUCAGCUCUCUCCAAGGCACCAACUGUAAGAACGGGCUUUGUGCCACCACCGGGAGCUCUCCUGCCCAAGAACCGCUGUCUGCAGAGUCCAGCCCUCAACGGCUGCCCCAAUGGCAGGAUCUCGGCGCUGAGCUCUUGCUCUCGGGCAUAGCUUGUUUGCCAGGGAGCACAGAUAAGCUUGGCAGGGCCCUGAUCCAGGUGACCACAAGCAGCAGAGCGUGGGAAGCUACCUGGUGCUCCGCCAGAGAGGUAGCCCAGCUCCUCCUUUACCUCUGCUCCAUCCCCAGGAAGGAAGCAAGGGACAGAGGGCUGACCAUUGUGGUGGAUGCCAGGAGACAGCCUCCCUCCCCGACCCUGCACACGGCAUUCAGAUCAGUCCAGAGAUCUUCACCUGCCACCAUCCAUGGUGUGUUGCUGUUGGCAGAGAAGGAGGCGGCUGCACACCUGGAGAAGUUACCUGGAAUGCAGGUGGAGCUGCUGACUUCCCUCCGAGCUCUGAGCCGCUAUGUCGACAGCACCCAGCUGACGCCAGACUUGGAUGGGACUUUCCCUUACUGCCACGGCGAGUGGGUUCAAUUCUUCCAGAAGCUGCAUCCCUUCGUGGCAGAUCUCAAGCAGGCCUCCAAGCUACUGCAGAGCUGCAUCCAGGAACUGGAGAAGGGCGACAUCCCAGAGGAUAUGCAGGAGGCAGCCGAGUGCACGGAGAGAUACAGGGAGCUGAUGAAGGCAGUGCUCAGUGACGUGCAGCUGGUCAGCUUGCAGAGAGAGGGUGGGGCCACGCUGGCCAGGCUGAGGAAGGAGGCAUCCCGGCUCAGCUUCUCACCGGACAUCAGGAACAGCGUGGACGCAGCCAUGGACCUCUACAACCAAGUGGAAGAAGAAGUUCACACUUUGGUGACGAAAUCCAACAGCUGCCUGGAGCGCCUGGAGUUCCUCCGAAAGAUCCGGGAGUUUGAGGCAGAAUUCGGCAAGCUCACUUGCUGGAUUGAUGAAGGAGAUUCUCGGCUCCGUGAGCUGAGCACUGAGGAAUGGAGCCCGGACAGCUCGGAGAGAUCCUACCAGCAGUUCAAGGAAUUCUUUAUUCAGGCUACAGCUCACUACAACCACGGACUGGGGCUAUGUAAGGAAGCUGCUGAGUUCCAAGGCUCCGUGUUCCCGGAGGCACAAGCCUUCCAGGCAGCCGGCGGUACCGUGCAGGCCAAGCUGAGGAGCUUCUACAUGAACUUGGAGCGGCAGCAGGCGGAGCUGGAAACUCUGCUCAACCUCUGCAGGUUCUGCGACAAGAUAAUAUUGCUUAGCCUUGACUGCAAACCGCACAUGGCUCGUGUGAAGCUUGGAGAGGGACAGCCAGCGAGUCGGGAGGCCCUACAAUGCCUAGAGAAAUUGCUACAGAAGCUCUCUGUGGAGUUUUCAGCAGAGAGGUUCCAGGAGAUGAAGGUACAAGCCUACACCCUGCACAGCUGCAGAGGACUAGGAGUAUGGAACAAGGCAUGGCAGACGUGUCAAGAAACCAGGCAGAUCCUUGAGGAGAUGCUGGAAAAAUUCAAGGAGGCCCAAGGUGUUGAGCCAGACUGUCGUGGGGAGGAAGAUUCUUUCAGCUCAGCUGCUACUCAGUCAGGCCCCAGAGUCCAAGGUAAAGCUCCUCAUGUUUGCAAAGCCGCUUCCAACCCUGCCCAAGCAUCGGCAGGAAGCAAGACACAAGUUAAAGAAUCAGGAUGCAGAGCGAGGAGUGAGCUAGAGUUAAAAGCGCAUCUGCCCACAGACUCUGACCUAGGUACAGAUCCCAGGGACCCCAGGUGUCCCCAGCAGGAAUCCUUGUCCUGCGAGGCUGUGCAGGAGGGCAGAGGUAUUUAUCAAGGCUCUAUAACAGCUGAAGAUUCUCCCCUGAGUGCUGCAUGUGGAGCUGAUCUUGAACAGAGAGAAGCCCUGGCUCAGAAUCCCAGCACGGAGGCUUUAGAAAGCCUCCAUGGGGCACCCCCCCAGAAGCCUCCUCUGUCUCUUCUUUCCCAAGCCUCUAGCCCAGACCCUGGCCAGUUUCCUCGGGACAGAGCGAGUGAGUCCCUGGGUGAUGGGCCUUGCUCAGCCCCCAGCACGUGUGGUCAGCAGCACUGGGGUAAGAUGCCGGAAGCAGCCCAAUACUUUCAGGUGUCCAGACAUGGCAGCUUUUCCUCUGAAGAUACAGAGUCACAGAACUCGGCCCGAGACCCUUCAACAACUAAUCUCAUUUUGCCCAUGGAACUCAUGAGUCCUAGACUGCCCGGGCCUCUGGGAAAGCCCCUGGGGAUCAUAUAUCUGGAAAACCACCACACAAAUAGCCAUGAAAAAGCAGAUGCCGAGUAAAACCAGCUCUUUCGAAACUGGGUUGGCUUUGGCUUUCCAGUCCUGGCAACUUUGGCCACGGAGUGGCUAUGCUGUCUAGUGGUUAUAGCACAGGACUUGGCAUCAGACCUACUGGGGUCUACUUCUUACCCUGCCAUUGACUCAUUUCUUGGCCUUAGGCAGGUUACUUAACUCCCUUGUGCCUAACUUCUACCCAUCUGCAAAAUGGGAAUAACAAUACUUACCUACCUCCCGGGGAGCUGUGAGGCUCAGUUAAUUAAUAAUCGUGAAGUGCUUUGUGGUCCUCCUAUGAAAGGCAUGCAGCUGGAUAAGUGCAGGGUACUGGUCGAGUUAACAGUAACGUUCUCAUGGUACCAUUCACAUUCAGUAACUGCAGGAGAAAAGCCUAGGGCAAAUGGAGACAGUUUGGUCACUUCUCUUCUAGCAGCACCCGUAUUCCCCGAGGCGCACCGGUCAUCCCUGAUCCCCCGCAGGAGCACCAUGCAGCUCACUACAGGAUGUUCCUCACUGCUGAACCUUCCCCCGUCCAGAGCCGCCAGGCCUCGGAGUGUAAAUUGUUACCACAACAGAGCGAUCACCAAAUCCCUCCUUCCUCGUCCCAACUCCCCUGCCUGCCCAGUGGAAUUUCCCUCCUGCCCACAUGUUUUUACUGUCUCCUUUCCCUCCUGGUCUAUGGGGCUGCUGCAGAUUGUGUUGCGAUAUUUUGUCCCUGUUACUCAAGGCUAAUUUUAUUACCAAUAAUAGACCCCAAAUGCAGAGCUCUCCGUGUAGAGCAGUGCAAAGGAAACUACAUUGCAGCCUGCAGUCAGACAGCGUCCAGAACAGAAAUCCUUCUCGGGUGCUACUACUCCUGCAGGAGGAGCCAGAGGAAUAAAUUCUAGGGGAGCACCAAAAUCCAUUCCUGAUUCAUCUUCUCUUAGCAGCUGUGCUCAGUAUCCUGUCAGUGUCGGAUUCUACUCCUCUGAGGCUGUGCCCAUAAUCCAUCCCCAGCGGACAGGCAUUUAUCCUCCUUGAUCCAAGGGUGGACAUUUCAGAUUGGCUCCUGGAUAGACUUUCAAGCACGCAGGACCCACAGUUGUGCAUACAAAGCGCAUGCAGGGAUGUCCAUAACUUGCAUGCACUAUUACAGAGACUGCACAUGCAAGUGACAGUUGUUAGCAGUUUGCACACACUGUUACCCAGUUUUCAUGUGUCAUCACAGGAAUCUCAUGUCUGAGUGGUUUAAAAAUCCGGCCCCGUGUGUCUGCCUGGGAAGGAUUUUGGUGAAGUCUCGAGUGUUUUUCUUUUUAACAAAACGUUCAAACCCAGGCUCGUCUCUCAUACUGCGCUGCCUCCUCCUCCUUUUUCCCGUCCCCUCGUCAGUUCAGAAGGGUGCGUUGUGUUUGGUUCCAUCCUUUUCCCCACAGCCAGCUGGCAAUGGAACGAGAGGACCUGCUUCCAGGCCUGUGGGGUCAGGUCACUGUCCUUCCUGGAUUGUAAGGCGAGGAGGGACCAUUCUGGUUCCUAGUCUGAGCUCCUGCAUAGACGUAGGGAGUUCAAGUCCAGGAGGGACUGUGAGAUCAUCUGGUCUGACCUAGAUCAGAGCCCUCAAAUUUCACUCCGUUGUCCCUGUAUUGAAACAACUCAAUGUUAUUUAUGUUUGGCCAAAGAGUCUUCCAGACAGAAGCGUCCAGCCACGGGCUCCCAGUCUGCUUUUCUCCGGGCGCAGGAUUUACAGAAUCACCUCUCAGCCCUCGUUCCGAGAAGCAAAGCAGAUUGAGCUCGCUCACUGGCUCACUGUCAGCCAUUUUGUCCACCCUUGUGCCUCUUUCCUGCACCUUGUCCAAAAUGUGGACCUCGGACCUGGACGCAGGAUCCAGUAUCGGUCUCACCAGUGCCAUUUACAGAGGUGAAUCACUUCCCUGCUCCGACUCACUACUCCCCUCUUUAGACCUCCAAGGAUCACAUUAGCCUCAUCUGCCCCAGCAUCGCACAGGGAGCUCCUGGUGAGUUGCUGAUGCACCGUGACCACUAGAUUCUUUUCAGAGGCCCUGCUUUCCAGUCUGUAGGGAUGUUCUGCAUUCCUGUCCCAAGACGUAUAACUGUGCAUUUGUCUGUAUUAAAACACAUUCUAUUAAAAUGGACCCAGCAUACCAACUAACUCUGACUGCUCUCUCUGACAGCCCUGGCCUCAUCAUUUUUUACUACUCAGCGAAUCUUUGUGUCAUCCGCACAUUUUAUCGGCAGUGAUUUUAUAUUUACUUCCAGGUAACUGAUGAAAAUGUCAAAUAGCGUUGGGACCAGCGCUGGUCCCUGAGGAACCCCACGAGAAACACCCCCAUAUGAUGGUGAUCUCCCAUUGACAACGACUUGAGAUUGGUCCGUUUGCCAAUUCACAAGCCAUUUAAUGGGUGAUUUAUUGAUAUGGUGUAGCACUAAUUUUUAAUCCGAAUGUCAUGCAGUACAAAGUCAAAUUCCUUACAAAAGUCCAAGUCUAUGACAUCCAGGCAGUUAUCCUUAGCAACCAAACUUGUAACCUCAUCAAAAUGAAAUCAGGUUUGUUGGACAAGACUUAUUUUCUGUAACACUUGUUGCCUGGCAUUAAUUAUAUUCCUUUAAUUCUUUAUUAAUUAAAUCCUAUAUCAGGUUUUCUAUUAUUUUGCCCAGGACUGAUGUCAAGCUAACCGGCCAGUCAUCCUGCUUGCCCUUUUAGAAUGUUGGCACAAAAUUAGCCCUCUUCCAGUCUUCUGGAGUUUCCCCGAUAUUCCAGGUUUUAUUAAAAAUGAACAUCAGAGAGACAGAGAUAUUCUCUGACACCUCUUUUCAGACUCUUGUGUGCAAGUUAUCCAGGCUGCUGAUAUACAAAUGUUUAUCCCUAGUAUAUGUUGUUUAACAUACUCCUUGGUUAUUAAUAGCCUGGAAAGUACUCCAUUCAUCAUGUGAUACAAACAUAUCAUCCUGCUUCUUUCCAAAAUACAGAACAGAAUAUUUAUUGAACAUUUCUACCUUUUCUGCAUUAACUGUUUUACCAUUUCCUUCUACUAAUUGGCCUAGAUCAUAGCUAGGAUUCUUUUUUGUUCCUAAUAACACUUUAAAAAACUCCUUAGUAUUGUUCUUACCCCUCCCAGACAUAGAUUUUUCUGUAAUAUCUUUAGCUUCUUUUAUCAAUUUUCUAUACUUCACAACUUCUGAUUUAUAUCAUGAGCUAUCCAUUUCUCUCUCUCUCUCUCUCUC